AUGCAGCCUCGUAGCAACCCAGGUCGACCGCCCAUCCUCCCCCACACCCUCGCCCCCCUCGCCCCAGUCCACUACGACAUCAUCGACCACCUCCUCCACCUCGCUCCCACAACCUACAUGCGCCUCUCCAAAGCCCACCAUCUCCACGCUCUCCACAUCUUCUCCCAACCCUUCCUCAUCGACCACUCCUUCGAAGAUCGCUUCUACAAGACGACCACCGCGGACCAAGCUCAGAGCCUGGCUUUCCUGCUGCCGGCGUUUUAUGCGGAGGCUGUGAGGGUGGAUGAUGUGAGGAUCUGGGCGGGGUUGGCUGUUGAUUUUGGGAGGGUGUAUAAUCAGAGGAAGAGACGGAAGGCGGGGAGCGGGUUCGCUUGUGAAAACCACCCAGAUCGUCUCUUUCGGCAUGUCCGCCAAAUCGGCGUUUCCCUCUCCCCUUUCGCGACCAUCCCCUCCCUCACAGAGAAAGCCGCUAGGGAGAAGAACUAUCAGCUCAAAAACCUCUUUGAUCAGAGUGUAGACCACGAAAUAGGCAAGCAUUUCGAAGAGCUUGCGAUCUUUGUGGAUAAGCCGUUUCUGGGGGAUACGGAUUCCAAACAGUACGCUUUUGAUCAUUUCCUUCCUACAGGUCACUGGGCCCGGCAAAAGAUGACUGUCAUCUACAUCCCAUUCUUUGCGAAAGGUGGUCCAUCUAUCGAUGAUCUGCGUGUACUCCUACCUACCGUGCUUGCUCAGAACUUGGAGUAUCAUUCUAGCAAAAUCAUCAUCUACCCCUCCUCCGGCGCUUCCCAAUCAUGUGCUCCUUCAGACGUCGCUACGAUCAUAGCGCGCUACCUAGCCGGUAGAGCCCGCCUCCGCGCUGCUCGGCAUAAUGCUGGCAACAGAACAGUAUUCGACAUCAAGUACGCCGAGUUUCACGUACCGGAAGCAGAGAGCGUCAGGGGUCUGGUGAUGCCUUUUCUCUGCGAUGAAGUGAGGGGCAGGUUUGGGUCUUAUAGGGCGGAGAUGGAGAGGGAUGUGAGGAUUGUGGAGCUUGAUCCUGCGCUGGUGGUGACGAGUGGUUAUAGGAGAGUUUGA